UGUUAAAUACGCCAUAUUGGCAUGUUGAUGUAAUUUAGACGUGAUAACAUUGAUUUUUUUUCUGUUCUUGAAAAAUUUGUAAAGUAAAUAAUAAUUCGUAUAUAAUUAUUACAUUCUAAAAUAACAAUGGGUUCUCGACAUCGAGAUCGAAGUAGGGAUCGUUCACGAAGUCGUGGUCGGGAUAGAGAUCGCCGUUCUAGACAUCGUAGUAAAUCGAGGGAUAGAGAUCGAGAUCGUCGAAGUAGGAGUCGUGAUCGUCGUAGUAAAUCGAAAGAUCGACGAAGAGAUCGUCGUAGUAGUAGAAGUAGUAGAAGAAGUCACCGAAGUAGAAGUCGCGAUAGUAGAAGCCGUGACACGAAAAGUUGGGAUCGUAAAUCUCGAGAUCGCAGUCGUGAAAGGAGUGCCCUUAAAACUAUUGAGGAGGAUAAACAACAGCAAGUUGCACUAUUGGACACAUUAACUUCUAUUGCUACAUCACGCAAUUUUAGUUCUUUGGUAAGCAGCGUUAAAGAGGAAUUAAUUAAUCAAAAUAGUAAUGGAUCUAUUUGCAGUGGUGAUGACGCUCCUCCGAAUGAAACUGAAAAAGAACGGCGUGAACGACGACGAAAAUCCCGUUGGGGUGGCAGUGAACACGAUAAAACAUUUAUACCGGGCAUGCCGACAAUAUUACCUAGUACAUUGAAUAAAGAACAAGAGGAAGCGUAUCUUUUGCAACUACAAAUUGAAGAGGUGAGCAGAAAAUUGAGAUCCGGUGACCUUGGAAUACCAGCAAAUAUUGAAGAAAGAUCUCCGUCACCAGAACCAAUCUAUAGCAGUGAUGGCAAACGGUUGAACACAAGAGAAUUUCGUACACGAAGACGUUUGGAAGAGGAAAGACAUGCAUUGGUUUUAAAGAUGCAAGCUAUUAACCCAGAAUUUAAACCUCCAGUAGAUUACAAACCCCCAAUAAUUCGUGUAAAUGACAAAGUCAUGAUUCCACAAGAACAACAUCCUGAAAUAAAUUUUGUUGGAUUGUUAAUCGGGCCACGAGGAAAUACAUUGAAAACAAUGGAAAAAGAAACUGGAGCUAAAAUUAUAAUCCGUGGUAAAGGUUCUGUCAAAGAAGGUAAAGUUGGACGCAAAGAUGGUCAGCCGUUGCCUGGGGAAGAUGAACCACUUCAUGCAUACAUUACAGCCACAAAUCCUGAAGCAGUUAAAAAAGCUGUUGAAAGGAUAAAAGAAGUUAUUCGUCAAGGUGUAGAAGUACCAGAAAAUCAAAAUGAUUUACGCAGAAUGCAAUUACGAGAAUUAGCUCAAUUAAAUGGAACAUUACGAGAGAAUGAUGGUCCGAGAUGUACUAACUGUGGUGCUACAGAUCACAAAUCAUGGCUCUGUCCAGAUAAACCAAAUAUUACAAACAAUAUUGUUUGCUCUAGUUGUGGUGGAGCCGGGCAUAUUGCACGAGAUUGUCGACAAAAACGUCCUGGAAUGGGAGGUCCCCCUCAACCGGGAGAUCGUGCUAAAAUUGACGAAGAAUAUAUGUCAUUAAUGGCCGAGUUAGGUGAAGGUCCAUCACCAGAUAUGUUAAACAGUAAUAACGGUGCUUUAAAACGAAACGUUGGUUAUCCAAAUAUGUUUGAGCGGGCGAUGGCACCACGUGCAAUAAUGGGUGGAUUAGUGCGACCCGACCAACAAAUGCCCAUGCAACAACAACCACAAAUGAUGAAUAAUGGAAUGCCACCACCACCAUGGGGGCAAAAUGGUCCCCAAAUGCCAUGUCCUCCGGGCAUGCCUGGCCCUGCAGGUAUACCACCAAAUAUGGCGUGGGGUCCAGGUCCCACUUGCCCACCAGGUAUGAUGCCACCACCUCCUCCGCCAGGUGCUACUAGUCCACCGAACAUUCCCCCAUUGAUGCCCUGGAUGGCCGGUAAUGGUCAACCACCUCCACCAGGAUCAUCAGGAACGACCCCAGUGAUGCCACCACCACCCCCACCGCAAGUAACUCAAGCGGCCGGUAAUGGAGCUAUGGUACCACCACCUGUUCCGUGGUCACAAGGGCCUCCCCCACCACCUCCUCCAGGCAUUGAUAUAAAUACUUUUGCUGGAUUGCCAAAUUUACUUGCAGCUCCUCCACCACCCCCUCCUUCUUCAUAAAUCUUUUAGUAUGCCGCCAUUUUAUUAACUGUUAACCUGUUCAACAUGUUUGAGAAAGGAAAUAAUUUUAUGAAUAGAGGGUUUACUUAUGUUGGAAUAACAACCUGAGAAUUGAAUCCUUGGAUCAUUUCGUGAAAUGUUUGUUAUUUUUCAUUAUACGAAUUUUGUUUAUUCGUUUAUUUUCGUCCUAUGGUUUCUGAUUCAUUGAAAAUACACACAAAAAGUAAAAGCGUAUAAAAAAUAUGUUACACAAAAUGAGCCAAAGAAUCAAUUUUCUUUAUGAAGUAUACUCCCUGGAUAAUUAUUUCCCUUAUUACAAAAGAAAAUAGCAAUAAAUAGAAGCAUACUUAAAAUGAAAACUCUCACUUCUUAAAAUAAUAGAAAACUUUUUACUGUUAAAAAUAUAAUAUUCAAAAGUGAUCAAUUUCUCUUACUGUCUUGAAAAUAUUGAAUUAUGUCUAUUGUAAUUUUGUUUUAAAAUAAUGGAAAUAAACAGAUUAAAUUUAUUUUUAUUACAUAUAAACUUUAUAGUUGAACAGAUCAGGGAAAGAGAAUCGGGUAAUUUUUCAAGAUAGUAAAAUAAAAAAAUUAACAUGAUCAC